AUGAAAAUACGUACAUUCAAAAGUAAGAGCAAGCCAUCCCGGAAGAGCUUAGGGAUACUUGCAGCGCCUGAGCUAUUUGUGCUUCCAAUGGUAGAGCAAGUUCAGCAGAAUAUAGACAAAAUAGAAGUAAAGCAAAAGGAGAGUCGUAUAGAAGAUGUAGAGGUGCAGGAGAAAGAAAAAAAGAAAAGCAACAAGUUUUGGAUGUAUAUGUGA